UCAUGCCGUUUUUAACACACAGUUUGUUUUAUCUCGCUUUCACUUUAGUACUUCUUCAUCUUCUUCUUUUUUGUUCUUCCUCCAUGGUUACGUCACUGCAUUCACCACCACCACCAACAACAACAACACUCCAAUUUGGACCCACUCGAAUCAAAUGAAACCCUACCGGAGAACUCAUCAAUUCACUCACGCUUUUUCCGUGAUAGUCAUCAAAACUUUUCUAUUUUUAGAAUCCCCAAAAGAUUUCUAAUUUGUUUCGUUUUCCACGCCUUUUCAAAAAUCCAUUGGAAACUGAGUGUAAGCAAUGUCUGUGAAUGGUGGUAGAGAGGAAUCAUCGGCUGAUUCAUAUAACGGGCAGCUUUUGAGAGACAUUAAAGAGGUUAGUAAAGCUCUUUACUUGAACAACAGACCUGAAAGAUCGGUUCUUUCGUUGUCUCCUCCUGUUCGAUCUAAAUCUGUUUCCAGAACUACAGAGAUUGGGUUAGUGUCGUCUAAUAAGAAGAAGAAAUCUUUGGUUCCAUGGGAUUGGAAGAGACCGUUGAAAGCUAUAGCUCAUUUUGGGCAGCGUAGGUUUGAUGUUUGUUUUCUUCUACAUGUUCAUUCCAUUGAAGGGUUGCCUUUGAAUAUGGAUGGUACUAAGUUAGUUGUGCAUUGGAAGAGGAAAGAUGAGGUUAUGUCUACUCAGCCUUGCAAUGUUUUGCAAGGAAAUGCUGAGUUUGAAGAGACUUUAAUGCAUAGAUGUUCAGUAUACGGCAGCAAACAUGGGCCUCAUCGUUCUGCUAAGUAUCAAGUGAAGCUUUUCUUGGUUUAUGUCUCUCCUGUUGAUGCUCCGUGGCUUAUUUUAGGGAAGCAUUGGGUUGAUCUCACCAGGAUAUUACCGUUGUCUCUGGAGGAACUUGAAGAUACAAGAAGCUCGAGAAAAUGGAAUACGAGCUUCAAGCUAUCAGGUCUGGCAGAGUCUGCAGUGUUGAAUCUUAGUUUUGAUUACUCAGUUGUCACUAGUUCAGUCUGUGAUUCAACUAGUGGAAAUGUGAUGCUGAAGCGGGCUGGUAGUGUUCCAAGUAUGGACCAUAGGUCUUCGUCACUUGAUGAUGGAAAGGUCUUUAAUCAAGUCUCACCAAGUCCGAGCCUGGAUCUUUCCAAGUCAAUAGAUUUUCUCUAUGAAAAAUUUAGCGAACAAAACCAACAAAGAUCAGCAGGAACUGAGAUCCAGUAUGAACACAAGGGGGAAACUAAGGUGGACCUUGGUUUAGAGACUGAUGAUAACCAAGCAGAUGACUCUGGCGACACUGAAUUUGCUUUCACUGAAAAAGGAGUAGAGAUGUUUCAGCAAGAAAGAUCCAGUCUAAAAGAGAACACUGAUCCAAAUACGGAGUCCUCGAGAAUUGAAAUCAUUGAUGUCCAUGAGAUACUUAAAGAUGAAGAUGAAUUCUUUUUCGAAGAAUCCCAUUUUAUUGAUCAGUUAUCAUUGGCUGAACCAAAAAAUGGACCAAGUGAUAUAUUGCCGAAACAUUCAGUUGAUAAAGCAUCGAAGUCAGCUUUCAGUAGCAAGGUAAUUUCUGAGUCAUCCGAGACUAAUUCUCCAUUGGCCAUGGAAGAUUCUGCUGAGAAUAAGUUUUUUUUGGAAGUUAAAUCUAGUUACAAAGCUGCAAAAAUAUCAACGAAGUCACUUAGCUUGGAUGACAUUACUGAGUCUGUAGCUAAUGAUUUUCUAAAAAUGCUUGAACUUGAGGAAUGUUCUUAUCUUUAUACCUCUGAUGGUGAACCUACAUCUCCUCGCGGAUCUCUGCUUCGAGAGUUUGAAAAGGAAGCUUUGGCUUCUGGAAACUUUCUCUUAGAUUUAGAUGGAGAAGCAGAAUCUGUGUCUGAUAUUGAUGAGGAAUCGAAUGAUUUUUCAUUCUCCGCAGGUUCUUUGGGUGUUGAGGAAAACAAGCGUGAGGGAAAAUCUCAGCUGUUAAUAGACAGAAGUAAGGCCAAGGUACUUGAAGACUUGGAAACUGAAACUUUAUUACGAGACUGGGAUUUAGAUGAUGACAGUUUUGAGAACUCUUUAUGUGUUUGCUCUGAUGGGUUCGGGAGUCCAAUAGAGCUUCCGGAUGAGGAGGGGUUAGAUUUGCUGCCAUUUGGAGAGAAUAUUGGUCCUUCUUGGAAAAAAGGUGGAGUUUGUAUCCGGUCCAUGAAUCCUUUACUGUUCAGAAAGUGUAAGGAUGCAUCACAUCUGAUCAUGCAAGUUUCAAUCCCGCUAGUGUUAGUAUCGGAAUUAGGUUCUGAUAUCCUUGAAAUACUUCAAAGUCUGGCAGCUUCUGGAAUUGAAGGACUUUGCUCUAAUGUUAAUGCAUUAAUGCCUUUGGAAGAUAUCAUGGGGAAGACGAUACAUGAAGUUGUCGAUGAUGCAAGAUUUGAGAGAAUUGGACAUGAUUGCUCCGACACUAGUAAACGUGUCGUGGUUCAGAAACCAACAGGACAGCUGGAUUUAUUUCCUUCAAACGAAGAAAUUGGAGGCUUUGGAUCCAAUAUGUGUCCAAGUUACGUACCACUUGAAGAUAUCGCUUCCUUAGCUAUUGAUGAGAUAUACCUUCUUGCUGUAGAAGGAUUAAAGAUUCAAUGCAGCAUGUCAGACCAAGAUCCACCGUCAGGCAUUUCACCAAAACCCAUGGAUCAGUCUGAUGCUCUAGAGUUGAUGAGUUUUUCCUUACUGUUGGAUGAGUGGUUAAGGCUUGACCAUGGAAUGCUAGACAACAAAGAUCAAACCAGCAAGCAAAUGAGAAAUAAAAUAUCAGUGCACCAUGCCUAUCAAGAUCAAGCUUCUAGUGGAAAGGUUGAAAGGUCUUUGGAUUCCUCAAAUCCAUCUGUGUGUAGUUUGGCUCAAGAAGUAGGAAAGAAGGAAUCCUCUGGAUAUGAUACACAGUUGUGGAGAAUCACUAGCAUUGGUCUUGCUGGUUUGAAAACUGAACCUGGUGUAGACCAUCCGUGGUGUACGAAAACACAGCAACAGUCUGGAUACCGCUGGUUAAUUGCCAGUGGUACUGAUAAAACCAUCAAGUGUCAAGCUUCAGAGUCAAAGGAGAUUAUCGUAUCAAACCCACAAGCAACCAGAUAUAGCUUGAACUCAUUGUGGAGUAUAACAUCUGAUGGGCACCAUCAAGAAGGUGGUUCGAGUAGCUCUGAUACANCAGAUGCUUUCCACCAUAAACCAACAGGACAGCUGGAUUUAUUUCCUUCAAACGAAGAAAUUGGAGGCUUUGGAUCCAAUAUGUGUCCAAGUUACGUACCACUUGAAGAUAUCGCUUCCUUAGCUAUUGAUGAGAUAUACCUUCUUGCUGUAGAAGGAUUAAAGAUUCAAUGCAGCAUGUCAGACCAAGAUCCACCGUCAGGCAUUUCACCAAAACCCAUGGAUCAGUCUGAUGCUCUAGAGUUGAUGAGGUCAUGCGAGUUGACACUUGCUCUUCAAGUGUUACUUAGAGAUCCAUUCCGAAAUAAUGAACCCGUUGGUGCAUCUAUGCUUGCUCUGAUUCAAGUUGAAAGGUCUUUGGAUUCCUCAAAUCCAUCUGUGUGUAGUUUGGCUCAAGAAGUAGGAAAGAAGGAAUCCUCUGGAUAUGAUACACAGUUGUGGAGAAUCACUAGCAUUGGUCUUGCUGGUUUGAAAACUGAACCUGGUGUAGACCAUCCGUGGUGUACGAAAACACAGCAACAGUCUGGAUACCGCUGGUUAAUUGCCAGUGGUACUGAUAAAACCAUCAAGUGUCAAGCUUCAGAGUCAAAGGAGAUUAUCGUAUCAAACCCACAAGCAACCAGAUAUAGCUUGAACUCAUUGUGGAGUAUAACAUCUGAUGGGCACCAUCAAGAAGGUGGUUCGAGUAGCUCUGAUACAUCUGUUUCUUUUACAAGAAACUCGGACGUGAUUUUUUCAAAAGAACUAACAGAAAGAUCGUGAUAGGUACAUUUCCGUCGGCAUAUAUUAUCAUACAUCUCUGUUUCCACUUUCUGCUUAAGAGCUAGUCGUUUUGAUGUGAAAGAAGUCUUGUUCAUGAUGGAAAAUAUGCCA